AUGGGAGGCAGAUCCCCUGGAAGCGCAACCUGGGUGUUGAACCCGGUUAAGAGUCCAGAUAAGGCAUGUAUUUUCGGUAACCUUGUUGCCGUUUCAACACAGGAUUUCCCACGCUCUCGUUUUGGAAAUGAAGAUAUUUUGCUUCUUGCAAAAGGCCUCUAUGUGUUUUCUGCCCGCCCGCUCGAUGAGAUACUGUCCGGACAAAUCGGCAUGUCCGACCCCCAGCGCAAGUGGGCUGAUGUCGCUUUCAAGGAUACGGUUGAGGUGCAGAUCUAUGAUCCGUUCCACCAGGGCGGAGAGGCAUAUCUAGGGUCAACGGAUAUUGAGAUUGAAUUUGCCGGAUCUAAAAAGACGGAUACUUUAUAUGAUCAGGAUGAUCUGGGCGCGGCCGUGAUUAAGAAUUUCGAAAAUCAAAUAUUUGCUCCUGGCCAAAAGAUCUUAAUGGACCACCAUGGCGUCCCACUCAUCUUGAGUGUCAAGACUAUCCAGCGAGUCAACUUGGCUUCUGAGAAGCAGAGCGUCGAGAGGGUUGAGACUGAUCCUUCCGCCAGGGGUAUUAUUACUAGACAUACCUUGAUCAAUUUUUUCAAGGAUGCUCGUAGUGGGAUCAAGAUUAAGCCCUCAAGUCGUCGACCAGUAGCGAACGCCAUCAUCCAGCCCGAUUUCAAAUUCGAAAACAUGGGAAUUGGAGGUCUUGAUUCCGAGUUUUUCACAAUCUUCCGUCGAGCGUUUGCAUCGCGUAUCUUUCCUCCUGGGUUGGUUUCAAAGCUUGGUAUCCAACACGUCAAGGGUAUUCUGCUUUACGGACCUCCUGGAACGGGUAAAACCUUGAUUGCUCGUCAAAUUGGUAAGAUGCUGAACGCAAGGGAACCGAAGAUUAUCAACGGUCCCGAGGUGCUUAACAAGUUUGUCGGACAGUCAGAAGAGAACAUCCGAAAACUCUUUGCCGACGCAGAGCAGGAGUAUAGGGAAAAGGGCGACGAAAGUGGACUCCACAUCAUCAUCUUUGACGAACUUGAUGCUGUAUGUAAGCAGCGUGGAACUGGAACAGGCGGUACCGGCGUGGGAGACAGCGUGGUGAAUCAGCUGCUUUCCAAGCUGGAUGGUGUUGACCAACUCAACAACAUUCUCCUGAUUGGUAUGACCAACCGGAAGGACAUGAUUGAUGAUGCAUUGUUACGACCCGGCCGUCUUGAAGUGCAUGUUGAAAUUUCGCUUCCGGAUGAAGAGGGCAGAGAACAAAUUCUCAAGAUUCACACCCAAAAUAUGAAGGAGAAUGAUUUGAUGGAUGCAAGUGUGAACUUGCCAGAGCUAGCGGCCCUGACCAAGAACUUUUCAGGUGCUGAGAUUGCCGGUCUUGUGAAGUCAGCAACUUCCUUCGCCUUCAAGCGUCAUAUUGAGUUUGGAAAGACCGUCAGGGUCAAGGAGGAUGCUGCGGAUAUGAAGAUCAAUCAUGGAGACUUCCGCCAGGCUCUUGAUGAAAUUCAGCCGGCCUUUGGUAUAUCCGAAGAUGAGCUCAAUCAGCGUAUCCAGUAUGGAAUUAUCGAUUAUUCCGAUGAAAUCGAUCAGAUCCUGAAGGAAGGAGAGUUGUUUGUAAAGGUUGUUGGCGAGGCUGAGCGCACGCGUCUGUUUUCUGUCUUGCUAUAUGGACCUCCCGCAAGCGGAAAAACUGCCCUUGCCGCUCGGAUGGCUAUUGACUCGGGUUUCCCUUUCAUCAAACUGAUCUGUCCUGAAGAUAUGGUUGGGCUCAGCGAACCUGCUAAGGUUCAACACAUCAGCAGGGUAUUUAAUGAUGCCUAUAAGAGUCAGACAAGUGUUGUCGUCCUCGAUAAUGUUGAACAAAUCAUCGAUUAUGUCUCGACAGGGCCCCGAUUCAGCAACUCCGUAUUGCAGACCUUGAUCGUCUUCCUUAAGAAACAGCCUACCAACGGUCGUCGACUUCUUGUCAUUGCAACCACUAAUGAGAGGGCGCUGAUGAAGGAACUGGGUAUUUAUAGAUCCAUUAAUUCUGACGUCAAGGUUCCGAACGUUACAAGACACGAAGAACUUGAACGCAUUAUGCAAGAAUCCGAGGCUUUCACAGACGACCAAAUUCGGGCUGCGCUAGGCCGUAUUGGUGACAUGACGGAGGAUACUGCAGUUGGCGUUGGCAUUAAGAAUAUUCUUCUGGGAAUUGAGACGGCGCGCCGGGACACUGAGAAUAUGGUGGAUAGGUUUGUACAUGUGAUCAACAAAACAAUUGAUCAAGGACGUCUUCCUUCCAGAAACAGGAACGCUGGUAGGUUUGCAGAACGAGAGCAAGAGGAGGGAGAAGGCUUUGCAUAG